AUGUUGGCUUCCACUAUCCUAGUCUCUUCUCUUUUGGCGCGGAUCGCAGGGGUCAGCGCUCUUCCCGCAACUCUUCAGGAUCUCGUCGUUCGAGGCAGGACCGUGAAAGGUGCCAAUUCGACCUACCACAACCCGGUGCUUCCCGGAUGGCAUUCGGACCCUAGCUGCGUCCAUGUCAAAGGCGUCACCUACUGCUGCACGUCCACGUUCGAGUCGUUCCCGGGCAUGCCCAUCUACGCCAGCCGCGACUUGGUGCACUGGGAGCACAUCAGCAACACUUGGAACCGCGAGGAACAGCUGCCCGGCAUCAACUUUGAGUCGCAAGGUCAGCAAGACGGCUUCUUUGCUCCCAAUCUGCGGUACCGCGACGGACAAUUCUACAUGACCUCGGUGUAUGCUGGAGUCAACACCACGUCUGGACUACUCGGCACCGUGUUUUCCACGAGCAAUCCGUACAGCGAUGCGGCUUGGUCCAGACCGUUGACAUUUGACGCUCCCUAUCGCACCAUUGACCCCGACCUUUUCUGGGACGAUGACGGUUCCACCUACCUGACGUGGUCUGGUGUCUCGCUGCAGCCCAUCGACCUGUCUUCUGGAGAGCUUGGGGACAAGGUGAGCAUCUGGAACGGCACUGGUGGCGUUUUCGCCGAAGGACCUCACAUGUACAGGAAGGACGGCUACUACUACCUCCUCGUGGCCGAAGGAGGCACGCAGCUCGGACAUAUGGCGACUGUGGCGCGCUCCAAGGAUCUUCGCGGGCCUUACGAGUCGGAUCCAGCCAAUCCGCUCAUUACGGCUGUCAACACGAGCUCGCUCUUCCAGACUGUGGGUCACGCCGACCUGUUUCAGGACGACAAUGGCAACUGGUGGGGAAUGGCGCUCGGCACACGUAGCGGUCCUGAAUACAGCCACUUUCCUAUGGGAAGGGAAGCGCACCUUUUCCCCGUGACGUGGGCAGAGAACGAGUUCCCUUACGCGAGUCCGGUCAGCGGUACUAUGGAAGGUUGGCCUCUGCCGGACGUCGAGAUGCCCAAGAAGCAGCAAAACAACGCCUUCGUCGGCGCUUCGCAGUCGCUCACCUUUGCGCCCGGCUCGAAGCUGCCCAUGGACCUGAUGUACUUCCGCUACCCUCCCAAGAAUGCCUUUGCUGUGUCGGCAGCUGGACAUCCGAACGCGCUGCAGGUGUCGCCGUCUCGGAGCAACUUGACAGGAGAUCAGGCUAGCACCGAUUCUGCGCUGACUGGAGUGGCGGGUCUGAGCUUCCUGGGCCGUCGGCAAGAGCACACGCUGUUCCAAUUCUCGGUGGAGCUCUGUCUAGAGACGCAGCAGGCCGGAGUGGAGGCUGGAGCGACGCUGUUCCUGCAACAAUGGCAGCACCUCGAUGUGGCAGCAAUCCGCAGCGACCAAGGCGAUAGUACAUACGACCUUGUCUUCCGCACCACCAAUGCCACCUCGGUGGAGGAGAAGAUCAGCAUCAAGACGACGGGCGACAAGAUCAAGAUGGAGCUGACGGUCAACGCUGUGAAUGCGACGCACUACCUGCUUGCAGCUACGGUCAAGGAAGGGAUGCAGACCGGAGCGACGUACAAGAAGUUCAUGUCGUCUGCGCUGAUCUCGAGCACGUGGGGACCGCAGGCGGGGUCAGGCGCGGGUGGCCAGGUCGGCAUCUAUGCCACCACCAACGGCGGCGCAAUCACCUCGGACCAUGCCUACUUUAGCAACUUGAAGUACCGCGGCCUGGCGCAGGAGAUCGACUAUGGCACGUACUAUGCAGGCAUCUAUGCGUAG